AUGACCUGGAGGAAGGGCACAACAUCGCCGAGUUUCGCCAAGGGGGCUGGUGGUUCUGGAACAACAACACAUGUAGUAGCCCUACCGGACUGUACCCCCGUUCUAAAAAGCCAAGUCGUUGGAACCCGAUGUUUUGGGCGGAUGAACGCGGCUCACUUAAGACCAUCAAAGCAUUUGGCACAUGCUCAAACACCUGGUCGCUAUCCAAAAAGCUGCUAUGAGGCCAAAUCCUGGAAUCGCACAAAUAGCAGUCAUGUCAUAAUUAGACCCGAGCUUGCUCCUGAACCCUUCGUAGUUUUGUGCGACAUGGACAUUGAUGAAGGAGGCUGGACUUACAUUUUGAAUAGAUACGACGGAUCACAAAAUUUUUCCAAAAACUGGGACAGCUACAAAGCCGGAUUUGGCCAUAUCGCAGGAGAGUUCUGGUUAGGAUUGGAAAAAAUUUACCAAUUAGUAGCCUUAGAAAUUAACGAGCUCCGUGUCGAACUUACUUUUGAGGGCGAGGACCAGCGCAGAGACCUUUACACCUCCUUCGGCAUCGGCGACGAGAAGAGCGGUUAUGUUUUACAUCUGCUAGACCCCGUCAUUUUUGAUGCCACAGACUGCAUGAGCCUUGCGGGUGGAAUGAAAUUUAGCACCAUAGACAAGGACCAAGACCUGAACAGUACGCACAACUGCGCCGAAAUUUUCGAGGCGGGCUGGUGGUUCCGGAACUGCACACCAUGUGGCCUCCCUACCGGAGUGUACCUCCAAGAGUCAAUAGGCAACGAUGAUGCUCACAGAAGAAACAUCCGACUCAAGGAGGCGAGCAUAAUGAUCAGAACGGCAGCACAGGAACUUAAAUUACCAAAGUAUUAUAAGCAGCCAAUGCCCGAGCGAAAGGAACCUUAA